GGUUGUGAAUGUUGUGAAGUCGCCGAGGAUAUCGUUCGCGAGCGCAAAGUCGAACGUAGCUGUAUUGACACAGUCCGUCGUUUAUUGAGGCUUGAGUUCAAACCACCGACCGGUGGAACCACUGCGGGAGAAUGCAGCGAUCCAACCUGCAAGUCAUGGUGAGGCCCCGAAAGCUCCCCGAGGGAGCUCAGAGGGGCCCCAUAAAACUCGACAAAUACGGUCAUGAAAUCGAAAUGCUGAACAACAUGUUCCAAUACGAUGUGGUUUUCGAAGAAGACGCCACCCAGGAGCAGGUGUACGAACGUUUGCGAACUGCUGUCGAGAAAUUGGUGGAAGGCUACUGUGUCGGAAUCCUGGCGUAUGGUCAGACAUCCUCCGGGAAAACCUACACAAUAGGAACGAACGGCGUUGAGGAGUGCUACAUCGCGAACCCAGGAAUAAUUUCGCGAGCAGCCUCCGACAUAUUCCGAUUAGCUGUGCCUCGCGAAGAGACGACAAAAAUAAUCGUAAAAGUUACAUUCAUGGAGAUUUACAACGAGCAAGCCUUCGAUCUACUCCAUGUGGACGACAAAAAGAAGCCCGUCAUCAAGAAGGUGCGUGACAUCCCGCGGAAAGAUAGGCCCAAUGAGCUUGUGACAGACGUUGAAGGCCUCAUUGCGGAAGAAGUCGUUUCGACGCAGGGAGUGAUGGAAGUCCUACAGAAGGGCUCAAAAAAUCGGCGAGUUGCCGCAACGUCGAUGAACGCUAAUUCCUCGCGAUCGCAUGCUGUAUUCACAAUCUACGUCGAGCAUUUGAACGACGAAGGUGAAUCCACGCUGGCAUCGACCCCGUAUCUCCAACUCGUCGACUUGGCCGGGAGCGAAGUACCUGAAGGCGAUAAAAUGACCAUGAAAGAAGGUGUGAACAUCAACAAAUCCCUCUCGGCCUUGGGUCGAGUCAUCAUACAGCUGCGUGAUCGGUCCGGCCACGUCUCAUACCGUGACUCAGUUCUGACGCGAGUGUUGAAACCUCUACUGGACGGCAAUUCGAUCACUACACUGAUCGCAUGUAUUUCUAUGGAAGAGCGGAACGAGGCUGAGAGCAAGAAAACUCUCCACUACGCUCAGCAGGCGAGAAAGAUUGAGAUCUCGGCACAGAAAGCUCAGAAAGCGAUCACGCGGGAAGAGUUCCUCAAGCUUAAAGAUGAAAACCGCAGGCUCAAGAAGCUCUGCGCGCAGCACAAUCUGGAAAUGGGUGAUUUAGAGAUGACCAUAAUGGAGAUCAAGGAGAACGAGACCAACCAUCCCGAUCCGGCGGCGAAAACCGAAGAACUGAUCCAGCUCAUGCUGAAAUAUGAGGCGACUUCGAAACGGAAUGAAGUUCUCCAAGAAAGGUGCGGUCAACUCGAGCAUUUAGUCGAGAUGUUCUCGAAGAAAUUCGACGAUCCGGACUGCAAGAGGCCGAAUACAACUUAUGACGAGAAGGAGAACGAUGACGUCGACUCGCAGAAAGAAGACGGCGAUGAGGAUGUUGAGCCCCGCGAUGACCUGCAGAACGAACUGUCCAUCGUAUCGGCCCUCACUACUCUGGACAAGGACUAUGACGAGCACUCAAACCAGUUGAAAUACUUCGUCGAAAUGCAGAAAAAGAGCAAAGAACUCGAGCAGAAAGUUCUCGAGCUCGAAAACCAACUCGAGCAAUCCGAGAAGGAGAAACAAAUCACAACUAAGCAGAUGAAUUCCCCCAAGACCUCAAGUGUCGAUUUCAAAGAGCUCCAGAAGAAACUCGAUGUCCAGAGCGAGCAGAAUCGGCUGCUUCAGGAGAAGUUGUCCAAACUGAAGAAAGAACUCAAGCUUUCCUCUGUGAACAACGAGACCAUUGAGAAAUACAAGCUGAAGGUCGAAAACAUAAAUAGGGAGCGCGUGAAGCUUCAGAAACUGUUGAAAGAACAGAAUAAGAAGUCCCAAGAGGAGAUCAAGCGACAGAAAAGAGAAAUGAUCGCUCUCCAGCGCCAACAACAGAAACAGGCAUCCGAAAGGUCGAAAUCGGAUGCGAAACAGGCUGCGGAGCGGAGGUGCCAGCAGCGGAAACUGGAGCAAGCCUUGGCAGCUAAGGACCGGCUUGAGAUGCUGCUCAAGAAGAAAACGGACACGAGCAACGCGAACAAGGGAAAACUCGACAAAUCCAAGAUGAAUUCCAGUAAUACGUUCAAUCGAGUAAAAGAACUCGUCGACGAAGAGGUCAUCAUGUGCGCGACGAGAGCCACAACGCAGUUCUACAUCGACGACUACACGAAACAAACCCAGGCUUUCGAAAGUCGUAUAAAAGAAAUCGAAAUUCAAUUCGGCGAAAGCGAUCUAUCGGGCGAAGCCAGGAGCGAGCUCAUGGUUGAAAUGCGGGAUCUCGUCGAGAAAAAAGCGAACGCCCAAUCUGUGAUCGAUAAAAACGCAACCAAUAACCGAAGCGGAGACGCCACGAAGUUCCAUGAGAAAUUCACCACCGUCUUCGAGGCUCAACUCGCCAUCAAACAGCUGAUCGCGAAGUGCGAAAUGCUCGCAUAUCAAACGGCUCUCUACAGGGACGAUGCGGCGACCUUGAAAGAACAGCGCGCCCACGAUCUACAACUACUGGCGGAUACCGAGCAUCAGAAGCAACUCGUCGAGGAGAAGUACGCGGCGUUCCUGCUGGAAGCGGAAAAUAAUCGCGACGAUAACGAGUUCGAGAAACUCUCCAAGGAACUACAGGUCAAAGAGUCGAUGAUCAACACACUUCAGACGAAGCUGUCUCAAAUGAGCCAGGGAAUAAUGAUACCAAGGUCCCCGUUCCCGACAUCGCGACUCAAAGACGCGAAGAGGCGCCCGCUCGCCGACCGAAGCGUGGUCCACAGGAAGAUCGAACAUCUGCGGCAGGACUUCGUGGAUACUUCGACCCUGUUUUCCGAAGACGAGCAGUCGUUCGUAGACAACCCUCGAACCGAUCCCGACUGGACGGAGAAGGGUCUGCACGAAAGCGGCAACAGCAGCUCGAAUCUGACGCGGAAACGCAACACAGGGAAGAGCUCCUCGGAAAACGCCGAAAACGAGAUGCCGGCGAAGAUGCUUAAGCGACAGACCUCCGACGCGGGUUGCCGCUGUGGCGGCGGGGAGAAGUCUUGCAUCAAGUGCAAAUGCACAAAAGCUGGUUUCACGUGCUCCAAAUUUUGUAAAUGCCUCGCGUCUUGCAGCAACGCCCCCACCGACGAUGACGAUACAGCUCAGAAGAUCCCGUCAGUUAUUUCGACCAUGGUUCAGUCAAUAGAAGGACAGAAAUUGUAUUGAGCCCGAUGCCUCCUCCGCGUAGUGUGGCGGAUCGACGAGGAGAAUGGAUCCUCACGACAAAUUCUCUGGUCACAUCCUGGAUUCGAAGG